AUGUUCGCAGAGUUCUCUGCGAUGCUUCCGUCUCCGGCAACGGUGGCCUGCGGCAUAGUUUUCCUGUCUGUCCAUGCCACUUUGGCAGACUUGGAUUUGGAGGGCUUGUCGACAGCGUUCUUGAGCUGGAUGCAGAAAAGGAUGGAGAGGCCGAAGAAGCCGGAGUUGCACGAACAGCUUAUGGAAGAUGCUAUGGGGAAGAUGAUGAUGGAACAUUACCAGCAAGUUGUACGAUACGUAUCGCACUUCGCUGUCGUCGUAACAAUGAUUCACGCGUACCGUGUGCAGCAGCAGCCGGAACUUUCCAAGGUAGUCGAGUUUUUGGUGGUCUUCCUGCAGUAUCUAUCCACGUCCUGGAUAGCGAGAUCCCAUGUCACCUUCAACACACUUCGGCUGAUCUGUCUCCUUACACAUGUUGCCCACGCCUUCUACGUCAUCAACAUCUACUUAAAUGCAGACGAAGCAUAUUACAAUUUCCACUCGAGUUACUCGGCGGCCGCCCGCGUCUUUGCGGGUGCCAUCGUUCACGACCCGCCGGUGUUGAUCCCAUGUCAGGCUUUAGUUUUUGUGGUGGAAGUUUCAUGCUACUUCAGCCUCGAGGGGGUACGCCGCGGUCCUCCCUCUCACUUCCUUUGUGCUCAAGCUGCGAUUCUGUUCUUGGCAUGCGGAGUCGCAAUUCUGGUCCAGGAGAGGGCGCGAGCGAGCGUCAGAGCUUCACUGCAGUCGGCCAAUGCUAAUCUCUCUUUGGAAGGUUUCCAGCGAGUCUUGCGAAGUGUUUGCGAUGCGGACGUGUUGCUGGAUGAUGGUUUCAACAUCGUCGGGGAUAACACUCGCUUGAGACGAGUCCUGGCGACGCCCACCGAUCUUGAAGGCGUGAAGUUUACCGACCUUCUCGACCAAGACGGAAAAACGGAGUUCGAGAAAUUCGUCCGGAAGUCCUGCAGUGCAAGCCAGAGUCCCCCCGAGAAGGAGGAGAAGGAGAGAAGUUGCAGCAUCCCCCCGUGCUUGCGCGUCUCGCUGCCGAGCGCGUACUCGCGGGUUGGUGUGGACAUUUUCCAUGUUCCCGUGCCACGCUUCUUAGAUGCUGCAGGGCCCCUUCAUCUUCUGGCGUUUACGGAAGAUCCAGAUACGCGGAUACAUCCGGAUGCCACUCUCGGGGCGAUUCCAGAGGCCCUCUCGGUGUACUCCGAAGCGCAGGAUAUUCAGGAUCGCAUGUCCACUGCGGCAGAGUCGGAGGGUGGCCACUCAAAACACAGUCUGGGCAGUUCGAUGCUGUGCAGAGUACAUCCUAUUCCCGAACUGCGCGAACUUACGAUGCUCGUGGAUGCCAGCACGGACCAUCAGGAUGUGCUGCAAGUGCACGCCAAGUUCAAGCGAGACAAGAACCUGCCCAACGACAUUCACUCGUGCAUGCCAUGCUUGCAGACCAUACUCAGACCAUCGGAUUGGCUCAGCAUCCGUAGGCGCGUGGCAAGGUUUGCGCAAGAACAGUGCCAGGUUGGUUCUCCAGAGAAAUAUGAGCUGCCGUCUGUGAUGCUCCGAAGGUUGGACGACCAAAACAAGUUCCUGGCGGCCAACACCGUGAACUUAGACCACCUUGCCUUUUCCCGGGACUACUUCACGGCACCUGUGGUCUGCGGUACAGACCGCCUGGAAGAUCAAUUUCCAGAGGUGUACAACCUGGCGGUCUGGAGUCGGCUCUUUCUUUACAAGGAAUUUGAGCUGGGAAAGCUGACGAUGCCGAUCGUCGGGCAGUUCAUCGUUUGCUACUGCAUCGGCAACGUCGGCAAGCAGUGCGACGUCACCGAAGACUACGAGUUUAAAGCCGGGCGGCUGGCCUCCGCCUGA